AUGCAGGAAAUACUUGGUACUUCCUCGUAUACGCACGGUCUUGUACUAAGACCGGUGAGUGAGAAUGCGCUGGACCCACAAGAGCGGUCUUGCUGCAUCUGCUAUCAGCCCUUUCGGUCCACAUUAUUGACUCACGGCGGGCCUGAAGUGCCGGUUCGGCUGCUAUGCGGACAUGUCUUUGGCGAAUCGUGCAUACUCAGCUGGACGCUCGAUAACAGCUCGUGUCCGUUGUGUCGGAGAGAUGUCUUCAGAACCGAUGAUCACCCUGUCGACCGACGCAUCUCGAUCUCGCAAGAUUCGCGCGCUGACAUUCUCACCGCAGCGGAUCAACUCGACUCACAUGACUGGGACAGUCCCGCUGAGGAACAACUUCGAGAGACGGUAAGCAGUGAUGAUAUCGAACAACUCCUAGAACUCUACACAAGCAACCGCUCCAUCGUCUAUUCUAGCUCCCAGUCUCAGACAUCUCAGGGAAGUUCAAAAUGCGCCUCAGACCGUGACUUGGUUCAGCACACUGACGAGGACGACACAAGAACCGCCCUACUUCCACACAAGCGCCUGACACCUUCAACGGCCGCCUUAUCCAGGCCCACGGACACUGAAAACUUCGACCUCACAGAACUAGGCGCCCAAUUCGCGAUCCUCGACUGCCACUACAAGCAGUGGAUGGACGAGUACCUCAACGAACCAACUUUCGACGAGCCCUCCUCAUCCAUCCGACCCUGA